UGGGGACGUUAUGGGGUGGCCUUGGGGUUCCCAGGGGUCUCUAUGGGGUGGCCUUGGGGUCCUUGAUGUCCCCAGGGCUCCCUAUGGGCCUCUAUGGGGACGUUAUGGGGUAGCCUUGGGGUCCUUGAUGUCCCCAGGGGUCUCCAUGGGGACGUUAUGGGGUGGCCUUGGGGUCCCAGGGGUCUCUAUGGGGACUUUAUCAGGUGGCCUUGGGGUCUCAGUGUCACCAAGUGUCCCCAGGGCUCUCUAUGGGUCUCUAUGGGGACGUUAUGGGGUGGCCUUGGGGUCCUUGAUGUCCCCAGGUGUCUCUAUGGGGACGUUAUGGGGUGGCCUUGGGGUCCUCAUUGUCCUCAAGGGUCUCUAUGGGGUCUCUAUGGGGUGGCCUUGAGCUCUCUAUGGGUCUCUAUGGGGAUGUUAUGGGGUGGCUUUGGGCUCUCUAUGGGGUGGCCUUGGGGUCUCAAUGGGGUCGUUAUGGGGUGGCCUUGGGGUCUCUNUGGGUCUCUAUGGGGAGGUUAUGGGGUGGCCUUGGGGUCCUUGAUGUCCCCAGGGGUCUCUAUGGGGACUUUAUGGGGUGGCCUUGGGGUCUCAGUGUCACCAAGUGUCCCCAGGGCUCUCUAUGGGUCUCUAUGGGGACGUUAUGGGGUGGCCUUGGGGUUCCCAAGUGUCCCCAGGGCUCCCUAUGGGCCUCUAUGGGGAGGUUAUGGGGUGGCCUUGUGGUCCUUGAUGUCCCCAGGGCUCUCUAUGGGGAUGUUAUGGGGUGGCCUUGGGGUCUCAGUGUCAGCAAGGGUCCCCAGGGGUCUCUAUGGGGAUGUUAUGGGGUGGCCUUGGGGUCCCCUAGUGUCACCAAGUGUCCCCAGCGCUCUCUAUGGGUCUCUAUGGGGACGUUAUGGGGUGGCCUUGGGGUCCUUGAUGUCCCCAGGGGUCUCUAGGGGGACGUUAUGGGGUGGCCUUGGGGUCUCUAUGGGGACGUUAUGGGGUGGCCUUGGGGUCCCCAGGGGUCUCUAUGGGGUGGCCUUGGGGUCCUCGGUGUUCCCAGGGCUCUCUAUGGGGACGUUAUGGGGUGGCCUUGGGGUCCCCUAGUGUCACCAAGUGUCCCCAGGGCUUCUCUGUGGGUCAUUAUGGGGUGGCCUUGGGGUCUCAGUGUCACCAAGUGUCCCCAGGGGUCUCUAUGGGGAGGUUAUGGGGUGGCCUUGGGGUCCUCAAUGUCCCCAGGGCUCUCUGUGGGUCCCAAUGGGGACAUUAUGGGGUGGCCUUGGGGUCUCUAUGGGGACGUUUUGGGGUGGUCUUGGGGUCCUCGAUGUCACCAAGUGUCCCCAGGGCUCUCUAUGGGUCUCUAUGGGGACGUUAUGGGGUGGCCUUGGGCUCUCUAUGCAGUCGUUAUGGGGUGGCCUUGGGGUCCCUAUGGGGUCGCUAUGGGGUGGCCUUGGGGUCCUCGGUGUCCCCAGGGCUCUCUAUGGGGUCAUUAUGGGGUGGCCUUGGGGUCUCUAUGGGGAGGUUAUGGGGUGGCCUUGGGGUCUCAGUGUCACCAAGGGUCCCCAGGGGUCUCUUU